CAAGCCAAAACCUUCUUCUUAACCUUUACCUUUCUCCCAAACAAAAAUGUCGAAAACUCCUCCACCACCACCAACAUUAUUCUUCCCUUCCAUAGUAUUCUGCUCCACCCUCUUCUUCCUUCUCUUCCUCCUUCCACCAACAUCAACCCAAGAAGUUGACGACGAGAGAGAGUUCGAUUACGUGGUAGACAGCGAGAGAGGGCCAUCUAGAUGGGGAGAAAUGCACCCAGAAUGGCACAGUUGCAACAAUGGCACGAUGCAGUCUCCGAUCGACAUGUUGAACGACAGGGUCGACGUCGUCUCCCAUUUGGGGAGGCUCAACAGAAGCUACAGUGCUGCCAAUGCGACUCUCAAUAACAGAGGCCACGACAUGAUGUUGAAGUGGGAAGGUGAUGCAGGGAGCAUUCACAUCAAUGGAACUGAGUAUGUUCUCCGCCAGUGUCACUGGCACUCUCCUUCUGAACACAGUGUUAAUGGGAAGAAGUAUGCCAUGGAGGUUCACAUGGUUCAUGUGAGUGAGGACGGGAAGAUUGCUGUGGUUGGGAUUUUGUACACUAUUGGGAGGCCCGACUCGUUCCUUGAAUCGAUAUAUGAUCAUUUGGAGGAUAUUUCUGGAAUUGAGAAAGACGAGAGGGUUGUUGGACUAGUGGAUCCAACGGACAUUAAGAUCGGGAGCAGGAAAUAUUACAGAUAUAUCGGCUCUCUCACUAUCCCUCCCUGCACAGAAGAUGUUUCUUGGACUAUUGUGAAGAAGGUCAGGACCGUCUCUAGAAAACAACUGAGAGUGCUCCGCGUAUCUGUUCACGAUGAUGCAAACACGAACGCUAGGCCAAUACAACCGAAAUUCGGAAGGAAGGUGGAACUCUUCAGACCAGAAGACAAUGUGCAAAGCCAAGAUGAUUCUAUUAGUAAUUAGGGAGUAGUUUGUACAUUGUAGCAAGACUCUCAAUGUUUCUUUUUUACACAUGAAUAGAAAACCUUCUAUAAUAAAAGAACUCAAUGAUGUCUAUCCGUCUACCAUAUACAUUUGUAUCUCUUUCCCUUGCUGGUUCACUUCUUCAACUUGUUUAUGUCAGCAACAAAUAAAAUAACUUGUACUAUAUAUGGUGAGAUCACAAUAAUACACGAACCAUGUAAUUUGCAUAGUACAAUCGUAAUUGUACAUGUUCUUAGGAUGUGAUGACGUCACAUUAUCUAAUUACUAGUUGAUUUAUUCUUCAGAUAUUUUGAAUAUAUCCAUUGAUGAUCUCAUAUGAUGUCUCUCCUUGCUGCUUAAUUUCUGCAACUAUGUCAGGAACCUGACAACAACAAAUAAAAUUAUUUAUAUGUAGUACUAAAGUCAACUAUACUGAACAAACCAUGUAAAUGCACAGUACAAUUCUUGUAUGUAUUCGUAUGUGAUAUGGUGGCUCUUUAACAAGACAAAAGAUUAAUUGAGAUUUUGUGGUGUGGUUUUUCAUGAUAUGUUUUUAUUUAUUUGCGAAAAGAGCUUUGAUUCCAUUAGAUGCAAUUAGGGGUGUCAGUUCGGGUCGGGUUCGGUUAUCCAAACCGAAACCCGAAAUCGAAAAUCACUAAAACCGAACCCGAACCCGAUAAGGACUUGCGGGUUCCGGUUACCCGAAACUCGUAAAUUUCUUAUCGGGUUCGGUUAAAGCAAAACCGAAAUCCGAACGCCUAAAAAUACGGCCUGAGUUCUAUUCAUUGGAGGUUUUUAGACGGAACCCGAAAAAUCGAUAAGCAAAAUCGAACCCGAAACUGAAAAACCCGAAACCCGAAACGAACCCGAAAAACCGAAAAUGUGUAUAAUCGGGUCGGUUUCGGGUAAACCCAAAAAACCGAACCCGAAUUGACACCCCUAGAUGCAAUAAACCAUAUGUGGUAUAAAGUAGGGACAAACUCAAAGAAGUAAGAGACAAAGGACAUAAAUGGGUGACAAUUUUGUACCUUACGUAUCCGUUAAACAUAUUACAUCGCUAAAAUUUCUUGCAUUUUGUUCUAGACAUAGUGAAAAUGAAUUGAACGAUAACGUUAGCAUAGUAGUUUAUUAAAAAGAAUGUUAUCUGAUUUUAUUAUUUCCAGUAAAUGUGAGGCGAAAUUGCUCAUUACAUUGCGAUCUGUGUUCCAUUGGAUUGGGAUCAAUGAACCACUUGUUUACUGAGUGUUGAGUCUUCAAAGAGCCAUUCUUAGCUCUGUUUGGUAAGUUCACAGUAAGAACACCAGGGCAGACUCGGUACGAAGAGUUUGUAAUGGACUGAUUUGGCAAUUUAUGACAACCUUAACGAAAUUCAAUAGUCAAUGACUAGCAAUGAAAUGAGACUUAAAGU